GCCGCCGCUAGAGUUACCGAGCAGCCGGGAGGAAGCGCCCCGUGUCCCGACAGCCCGGCCGGCUCCUUCUGCUCAACUUCCCCCGAGUGUCGCAUGUGCCCGGGAGACGUGGAGAGUGUGUGAACCGUGUUUUAGAUGCUCGGCAGUGGCCUGGGGACGGCGAAGGGAGAAGACAGUGCUGGUGGUCCUGAGUGCUCAGCAGGAUGAGUGAGGCAGAGGGCCAGUUCUACAGCGUUCAGGUGGGGGACUCCACCUUCACCGUACUCAAACGCUUCCAGCAGCUCCGCGCAAUCGGUUCUGGGGCCCAGGGCAUCGUCUGCUCUGCUCUGGACACAGUCCUUAGUAUACCUGUUGCUGUGAAAAAGCUGUGUCGACCCUUCCAGAACCAGACCCAUGCCAAGCGGGCCUACAGGGAGUUGGUGCUGCUCAAAUGUGUCAACCACAAAAAUAUCAUCCGUCUGAUCAAUGUGUUCACGCCUCAGAAGUCCCUGGAGGAAUUCCAGGAUCUGUAUCUGGUGAUGGAGCUGAUGGACGCCAGCCUGUGCCAGGUGAUCCACAUGGACCUGGACCAUGAGAGGAUGUCCUACCUGCUCUACCAGAUCCUCUGUGGCAUCAGACACUUGCACUCUGCUGGCAUCAUCCAUAGGGAUCUGAAGCCCAGCAAUAUUGUGGUGAAGUCGGAUUGCACUCUGAAGAUCUUGGACUUUGGCCUGGCACGGACGGCUUGCACUAACUUCAUGAUGACCCCCUAUGUGGUGACCAGAUACUACCGCGCCCCAGAGGUCAUUCUAGGCAUGAAGUAUAAGGAGAAUGUGGACAUCUGGUCAGUGGGGUGUAUCAUGGGAGAAAUGGUAAAGGGCGGCGUGAUCUUCCAGGGCACUGACCAUAUCGACCAGUGGAAUAAGGUGAUAGAGGUUCUGGGCACGCCCAGUCUGGAGUUUAUGAACCGGCUGAUGGAGACUGUGAGGAACUAUGUCCUGAACAAGCCACAGUAUCCUGGCGUGAGCUUUGCUGAUCUUUUCCCCGACUGGGCCUUCCCUUCUGACUCAGAGCACGACAAGCUGAAGACAGCUCAAGCACGGGACCUGCUGUCCAAAAUGCUGGUUAUUGAUCCCGAGUCCCGCAUCGACGUGGAAGAAGCUCUGAACCACCCCUACAUUCACGUGUGGUACGACCCAGGGGAGGCAGACGCGCCUCCACCCCAGAUUUCAGACAAGCAGCUGGAAGAGCGAGAGCACUCCAUUGAGCAUUGGAAAGAACUUAUUUAUGAAGAGGUGAUCGACUGGGAAGAGAGGAACAAGAACGGUCUAAUGAAAGAAGAUUGCUCUGAUGUGGUGUCAGGUUCCGCCUCCCAGUCCUCCUCAGCCAACGACAUCUCGUCCAUGUCCACGGAGCACACCUUGGCCUCGGACACGGACAGCAGCAGCAUCGACACACUGACGGGACCGCUGGACGAGAGUCAGUGAUCACAGUCCAUUGGCCACCUCUGUCUGCCUGCCUCAGGCCCCCACCUCCCAUAUACGAUAUCUAAAUAUCACUCGGUCAUCACCUUCCUUUCCUCUGUUUUCCUUUCCCCUCUAACCUCAAUGAAAAGGUUUAUUUUUCUAUUUUUUCCCCCCGUACGAUCUGGUGGCUCAUCCUCUUCGUCUUCACACUCUGUUUUGGACUGCUAGCCGGAGGUCAAAGCUAUCUAUGCUGUUUUUUGGGGUGGAGAAGGUUGCUCUUUCUCUUCUCCGUGGAUAUUGUUUAACUCGAUCAAGUAUAUUGAUGUAUGCACCUGUAAUGGUUUUCAGGUUACCAGGAGGAGGCAGUGGUGGAUUUGUUUUGUAUGCCUGUAUUUUUAAUAGUUUUAUUUUUUUAGCAAAUGUUAAGUUGAGACCAGAGGUCAUAGUCAUCUAAUCAGUGCAGACACGUGCUGACCCCAGCUGCUCUCAUGCAUGUAACGCCAAUAAGAACAAGAGCUUGCCAUAAGUCGAUCGCACUUACCGUCCAACGUCCAUCAGAUGAUCAAACACUAAUCCGAACUUUGAUCGACCCUUUCGCUAGCUCGCAGGAUUGCAUAUCUCCACAGUGGUGUGUUCUUUAUUCUAUGAAUUGGUCUGAGUGAUGUGGAUUUUGAGCUUUUACUCCUGUCAGCUAGAGGAAGUUGUGGUUUGCAGUGUUACUGUUUUAUUUCCUGAUAUAAUGUACUGUAUGUAAAGAUGUCAAGAUCUGACACGCAUAGUGACUGUAGACCCUUUCGUUACCAGUACAGUAGAUACCGCGUGCUUGUUUUCUUAAGAACUUCAAAAUAUCUGUAGAAGAAUAUUGAAGAAUAUUGCAAUCAUCCUGAUUUGAACAUAAGGUACUUCUUAUCAAUGUGUGUAUCAAAAGACUGUCGUAGUCCCAUUCGUUUGGGGAAGGCUCAAAGCCACACGUAGUAUUUAUUUUUGUGUUCUAGCAAAAUGUUGCACAUGAUCACAUCGAGGCCCAUGGGAAUCAAGCCUCUUGUCAAAAAAUGUCAUUGAUGGAUAAAUGCAUGGGCCGCACCUUUUUCUAAACCAUUCCAUUAGUGCCGAGAUAAUAACGAAGUGACCCACGAGUCAGACGUCAUGUAGAACACACGCCACGGCAGUGAAACACAAACAGUAAGGGUGUUUAACUUGCAUGAAGGCAGUCGAGAUGCCUCUAAGAAACUGUAGUUCUUGCUUUAAAAAGACAAAUCCGUUCAGAUCACUUUUACUUUUACUUACAGUACCUUGAUGUUCGUGGUUCUGAAAUACUAUUCAUAAGAUUUAUUUGUUUUGCCUUGUAAGCCUAUAUAUGUGUAUGUGUGUGUGUGCGUUACCAAAUGUACAGUGCAACACUCUCCCUCUUUAUCUCCCUGGAGUCGUCCCUGAAGGCAGCAGUCGCCCCGUCUGUAAAGGCAGUGUCUGUGGGGGAGGUUGGCCCAGCAACAGAGAAAUGAGGAUGUGAGUCCUGAAUCCAAAUCUGGACCUGGCAACUCGAGAUUGACACUUUAAAGAUGAUCGUUGCAAAUGGACUGCAGAGCUGCUUCUUUUUUUUUCAAACUGAUAGCACAGUGUGAUGGACAUGCAGAAAUACGACACUGCGGAGCCACUGAGGACUCGUGCACCAUGUUUUCCUUUCAAAGACCAUGACCUUAUUCUUUCAGUCAUGCCUCAAAUGACCUGAGGAGUGGCCAACUCGCUCACUCGCAUCAUGUUCUCCAACAUGGACUGAGCUUCACAGCGAUCAGAGAGUCAUGUGUGUUUACCAGGAUUUCAAAAGAAAGCGCCAUUGAACAAUGCACAUCUCACAUUUUGGUUCAGUUUGUUUCUCCUUUUAUUUUCAGAGAUGUCCUGUGUGAUUGCAUCGACCACAACGUUAUUAUCACUUGGCCCUUACGCAACUAAUAAAGUGGACAUCAGUGA